AUUAUCAUACCCAGUCCAACGCAAUAAAAAUUUGCUUCUUCGUCUCGAAAAUUUCACAAAAUGGCGGAAAGGAGUCGUUCUUCCCAUGCGGAAAAUUCAAGUUCCUCCAGUUCUACAGGUCGAAUUGAUAGCGUCCAAGUUGAUGGACUGGUAAGUAUCUGUUAAUCCAAAAAAUCUUUGUAAUUUUUUGGAACGUAUUUGGUGUCUUUUUGGGAGAAAAUUUAGAAAACUAGUGCACACGUGAUCCAUGAUUUUCAUCAUCGAUGAAGUUCUCUUUAACAAAUCGACCACAAUUUUCCAUGGGCUACACUCUUAUAGAUCAUACAAAUGACGUCAUAAAAUGUUCAAAACUUAAGAGGAACCACGAACCGCAGGCGAAGUUUUGAACAUUUUGUGGCGUCAUUUCUAUGGUCUAUAAGAGUGUAGACGAUGGAAAAUUGUGGUCGAUUUGUUUUUUACAAUAACAUUUAUUUUUUUUAUCUAACUACUGUUUUUGACUUGUUCAUACCAUUAUUUUUGCAAGGUUGUGCUGAAAAUUAUUAAACAUUGCCAAGAUGAAGGAUCAGCAGGCGAACUUGUUCAGGGAGUUUUACUUGGAUUGAUUCAAAACCAUAAACUUGAGAUAACAAACUGCUUUGCUUUCCCAUCAGUGCGAGUUGGAGAAGAUGAUGACGAAGACGAUGGUGAGAACCUUAUUACAUGCGAGAAUAAGUAACUUUUUAGAGAUUGAGAAAAUGAAGAAGAAGCUUUAAGGAGUCAUGUUGUUAGUACCUGCAGUCAGGGUUUGAGCUAGGAUUUGAUCACUGGGGGACAAUUUGUCCCCUUGGCUAAAAUUUUGGGGGACAUUUUCAUUUUUAGGGGGACCGAAAUUUGUACACCCUUCCUUCUUAGCAGGACUUCUGAUAGGUCUCGGACGAAAAAGUCAAAUUUCACGGGAUUUUUGGGGACAAAUUCGCGGAAAAAUCGGCCGAUUUCGCGGGAGUUUUCUGGGCAAACUUCACCGAAAAGCAAUCGGUAAAAAACGGCCGAUUUUGUGGUUAUUUUCAAGGCAAAUUUCGCUAGAAAUCGAUCGGUUUUGCGCUGAUCAGACCAGCCUUUUUAACGUUUUUCUAACAGAGGUCAUCAUUAUUUUGCUCUCUCAACAACAAUACGCUCCAGAAAUGAACCAAUGGCAAAGCCUUUAACAUGAUGGCUAGUGCUCAGUUUUUCGCAACAUAAUCUGUUUGCACGUUUCAGUGACGAAGUUCCAAGAUAAAUUUGCAAGUAAAUAGCCCCUAUAGCUGAAAUAAGUUUCAAAUAUGUUGUACAGACAUGUAUUUGAUAAGAUUUCUCUUCGUGUGUGCUUCCUUUCGAGUUUUUUCCCUAAAUUUUGAAGGAGACAAAUUGUCCCCUUGGCCGUUUUUUAAAGGGACAAUUCCAAUUGCAGUGCGGGAUUGGCGCAAUGGCGCGGCCUGGCUCAAACCCUGCUUCAGUCCAAGAAAAGUUUGAUACUACUCUUCUCCUCACUUAGGGCUAACAGACAGUCUUGAAGGAGAAAAUCCAUGUUUGCAUUGAAAACCAGGAACAAAUCCAGAAAAUUCUAAAAACAGGGGCUGAAUUUCUUCGUGUGGCAUUUACAGAUAUAAUUUUUUUCUUAUUAAAGAACUUUUAGAGCAUUUUGCCCAAAAAUUAAGGCCCUGGAAGAGAGACUCUUUUGGAGAUUUCUUAUUAAAGUAAAUAAAAUUUCCAAGAAACUGGAAGAUGUCCCCCUUGGCAAAGAAAACUAAGAAGCGAAAGCUUGAAUUUUCAGAGGGGAACACAUAUACCAUCACCCUUCAAGCAGAGGCUUUCUUUUGCUUGCUUGAUUUUGGCUUGCUUAGAUCCAGGAAGAUUGCAUGAGUCAAGUAAGAUCUUUGUCAAGCAUGCACGGCAUGUGGCUAAGACAUAGUUUCAGACCCAGGCCUAAUAACCACGCGCUUGCCAAAGCGGGCUCAUUUAUGACCAUCGGUUUAUCAAAAAACACAUGCUUGCACUCAAAGAAAAAUAAUUUACCAGUUUGAUGAGAGAAAACAAGGUUGACUAGUCCAGAAGUUCGGGCUGCGGUGACUUCAAACGGUUGAUGUGAUUCAGACAGAACUUCCUUUUCUCCUCCUCACUCAAGAAGACAUAGGGAAGCUCUGCUUGCAGGCCUCACGAUUCCGCGCGUUAAAUGUGUUUUGGUUCACUGAAGUGAAUUGACCGAAAAGGCUUGGGGAAACACCAAAUACCACUCAAUACUGAUCAAAUUAUGAAUUGACAAGUAAGCUCUUAAAUAUCCAUUUUGAUUCUGUGCAUAAAACCCUGAACAUUACUUUUUGUAUGUUUCCUCUUAGUAAACUACCAGAUGGAGAUGAUGCGUCGUUUACGGGCUGUCAAUGUAGACCAUCUACAUGUGGGCUGGUAUCAAUCAACUUACCUUGGUUCAUUUGUAAACAAAACAUUACUGGACUCACAAUUCAGUUAUCAGAGUUCUAUUGAGGAAUCAGUGGUACUUAUUUAUGGUGAGUGGUUUAUUUGUUUGUUUGUUUGGUGAUGUGUUCAUGGCAACAAGUUUUAUAUCAGUGCCGUAACUUUAUUGCUUAAAUUUAAUGAGUGCUCCAGAUUAGCCUUCUAGCUCAGUCUGUUGGAUUGAUGUCAAGUCAAAUCCAGAUUUCAAGACGUCAAACUUCAUAGGGAUAAAAACAUUUCUGUGAUUCUUACUAUAUCUCACUUUCCUUUAAGACAAUGCAAAUUAUAAGGAAUCUUAAGGCCUUUCCACAUGUGUCCAUUUUUGUUUGAAAACCAAGAUUUUUUCUUCUGGUUUAGUCUACCAUCCACACAUAUCCGGUGAAAAGUGUCACGCUGUUUAGCUGUACUCAUGUAUAAUGGAGGUUUAUUUCUUGGUGUUGGAUACCAGUAAAAACGCAUGCAUUGCUCCCAUCAAAGAUGGUGCCAUUUUCAGUCACUGAAAAAAAAAAACAGCUUCUGGACACUGAUUUUUUUUUGAAAGCAGAGAAAAAAAUCUUUGUUUUCAAAAAAAAGGAUACGUGUGGAUAAGGCUUUAGAGAAAGAGUUCCUGAAUUAACUUGUAACCAAGCCAUUUUCUGGCCACCAUCUGGCCAAAAGAGACCAAAACUACAUGUACUCAUCAUGUUGUUUCCAAGUUUAGCACUGUUAUAAGAAGAGAAGAAUAGACAAGAAACCAUGUCUUUUUUUUGUUGUUUGUUUUAGAUCCAUGGAAGACCUCACAAGGAAUGCUGUCUUUGAAAGUGUUUCGUUUGUCUAAUAAAAUGAUGGCAAUGUAUAAAGAGGCAGAAUUUAAUGCAGAGAAGUGAGACAAUUUUUUCUUUGUUCAGUGAAAUUGUAUGAGAGGGAGGUUGUAAAAAAUUAAACAGUCUAAAUAUGGCACCUUGGAGCACUAUUGUAGAACCCAUAUUGUGCAAGUCCCAUAUUUAUUGUACAAUAAAAGAGCAAACUUUAUGCUGAUUGGUCAGUGAGAUUAUAAACCAUGGAAAUGAUGUGACGAUGGUGCAAUUUCUUUUUCUUUUUUUCCUGUGCAUUAUUUUCCAAGAAACUUCACCGAAGAAGGACACUAAAAACUGUCAAUGUUGUUAUGUUUUUGUUAUUUUUAACCACUUUCUAUGAAGGACAUAGAGCUUUAAAAUAGCUGCUAAGUGUAUAGAAGAUUGGGUGUGGAACUGAUGUGAUGUUGGUGCAAUUUGUUUUUCUCUUUCUCUUGUGUGUGAUUUUCCAAGAAACUUCACUGAAAAUGGACAUUAUGUUGUUAUUUUUCAACCAUUCUCUAUGAAGGACAUAGAGCUUUAAAAUAAGUGCUAAGUUUGCACAAGAUUGAGUCUCCUCUAUGGAAUAUCCCUGAAUCUGCCCUUACCAUACUGCAAUAACCACUAAACCAUUUAGAACUGCUUUAUUUGGAGAAAUUCCAUCAGAAGAUAGCACUUUAAUAGUAACUCCCCUUGGGGAUUUUCAAUAACUAUUUAAUAGAAAAAAGAACUAAAAAAUUGUUGGCCAACAACUCCCAACAUUGUUGGAUGUUACAUGUUGCAUCCAUUUGCGUACCCUGUUGGAUGUUGGUAUGUGUUGUUGCACAAAGUUUGAAAGCGGUCAAAUCUUUUAGCCCCAUGCAAACUUAUGCAGCUUUAUAUGUGAAGUAAGGGAAAGUAAAAACUUGAUUUACCCCAUUUGUGUGCAUGCGUGGCUCUUGGGUAAUAUUUCUUGUGUUAUCUUUCAGGCUUGCCAAAAGUGGUCUCAGUUUUGAAGCAAUGUUUGAAGAGAUUCCACUUGUUAUAAGGAACUCUUCACUUGUCAAUACUCUGCUGUGUGAAAUUGAAGUCUUGUCACCUCAUACCCAAACAGAUGAGUUUCUCAGUCUCUCCACAGGGUAAGAAAGAUAUUUUUAUUAGAAGUAAAAUUCUUACCUACUUUUAUGUAGUAUUUGUGAAACAAUUGGAGAUUGUUGCUCUAAACUUCAAGGUGCUUGUAAAACUUUACAAGUAACAAAAACUGUCGCGGUAUAGUAUAGCUUAACACCUUUCUAUUUUUAUGGCCACAAAAGAUCACAUAAUGACAUUAGAGUUAAAGUACAGCUAUUCUUCGUAUUUUUACAGAACAGAAGAAAUUUUAUUUUCAUUUUCUGUGUCAGAAAUUCUGACAGAAAUUAUGGAUAAAAUAUUCCAUACUGGCUAUGCAUUUACAUGCACGGGCGGCAUUUUGCAUGCCUGCGAUUAGCCUGUCCAGAGACGUGCAUUACUAUAGCAGUCAGCAAGUCCCCUGCAGUUUUUAUUUUCAUACUUUUGUAAGAGAAAAUGCAAGGUCUGUUAACAAUCUACUCUGCCUUAUAAGGAUUCAGGAAAACAUUAAUUUUUUAUUUAUUAUUUUUAUUUAAUAUUUUGAUGUAUUCCUUCAAACACAAAAUUGAUAACCUUUAGGUAUGAAUCAUGUGGGCAGCAACGGUGGUGCAUUGGUGACAGUACACACCUCCCACCAAUGCGGCCUGGGUUCAAAUCCUAUUAUUCAUGUGGGUUGAGUUUGUUGUUGGUUCUCUUCUUUGCUCCAAGAGGUUUUUUUUGCGGGUACUCCAGUUUUCCCCUCUCCUCAAAAAUCAGCACUUCCAAAUUCCAAUUCAAGGAGGAAUCGGAUAGAUGCUACCUUUAUAUCAUUAUUUAUUUUUUAUUCUUUGGGUCUUAAACUUCCUUCCCAAUUUCCUCUUUUAUGCAUAAUUUUAGUGAUAUCCACCAAGGUGAUUAUGAUGAUGUUAAAAUUCAUCGAUUUGUCAUUUACUGCAGAUCUUAUUUAGAAAAGAAUGUACGACUGCUCAUGGAGGGUGUUGAUGAACUCUGUCAAGAUGCCAAUAAGUUCAAUAAUCAUCUGCGUAAUGUUGCAAGACAGCAGCAGCAGAAGGAAGCAUAUACUCAGAGAAGGGUAAAAUCAAUUAUUUAAGUUGAAAACAGACCAUUUUUUAGCUAGAAAGAGCAACAUGGCAGAAAUGAUGUUCACUGCAGGAAAUUUAGUUAGACAGCAAUAGCACAGCCAGGGGAUCAAACUGCCUUGACCCAAACAGGCAUAUUGGAUGGAGAUAGGUCUGUUACAUUGUCAUUUUUGGAAAAAGUAAGAUUCUUGUUAAUUUUAAGUUUCACAAUCCUGUCAAUUCUCAGCACAGAAAGGGAGAAUUUGUGGGUGAGAAUUUCAGAAAUGGUCACAUCAACGUCUUUAUUGUGAUUGUUUUUCAGAGACAUAAUCAUUUUGUUAUUAUUGCAUUGUGUCCAAAAUGUUUUGUUUUGCUUUUUCUUUUAGCAAGCUGAAAAUGCUUCAAGACAACAUCGUGGGGAAGCUCCUCUCCCUGAUGAUGACCUGAAUAAGAUGUUCAAACCCUUACAGUCGCCGUCACGACUUGACUACCUUUUACUGUCCCAGCAAGUCAACACAUACAGCAAACAAAUCAACCAGUUUGCCACCCACAGCUUUGGAAAAUUAUUCCUUUCACAAGCUCUACAGGAUAAUGAAUAG